GGCGUAAAAAGAAGCGCACAGCGCGCCGUUUUUUGGCUUGUCAACUGAAACCACGCAACAAUUUUCACUCGUAAUAUUCUUGAUAAAUAUAAUUAUUUUCCCAAUGUUUCAUUUAAAAGAAUAUAUCGAUCGAUGCGCCGUGCAAAGUGACAAAUAAUACCGUGGGUGUGAUAUUGUAAAACGGACUAUUUAUCGUUUUCCCACCGAAGUGACCCGCGAACUCCUAACAUGCCUCUGUUGAAAAGGAAAGCCUUUGAGAAAUCUACGGCGUCUGAGUACCUUCGCGACGACGACGAGGUGUUUCACUGCGAGCUAACCGACGAGAUAUUCAAGGACUAUGAGGAAUACUGUGAGAGGAUCAUUUUGGUUAACUCCAUGGUGUGGACAUGUGAGAUGACAGGGAAGAACAAUUUGACAUAUGCUGAAGCGCUGGAAAGUGAGAAGGCAGCGAGGAGGUUGUUGAAGGACUUUCCUAUGGAGCUCCGUAUACCAAUCCUGUACUUAGCUGUGCAGACAAACCGGUGUUCCUUUGCAGAGAUGUCGGAGGACAUAUUCAACUUUGUGAGGGAGAGGUACUUUGUUGGGGAGACUGUUGAGGCCUGCUUGGAGGGAGAUUUGUGGCGGGAAGCUCAUGUACUCUCCGUCACGGCCCAGAAGCAGCAGCCAGGCAGCAAAGCGACGCUCCCAGCAACAGCAUACGCCUACGAGGUUGAGCAGUUCGACGAAUCUGAAGAGGGCAGCACCGGACAGAUCGGCACCGCGCCGCACGACCGCGUGCGCCGACGCAAGGGCAUCUAUACCCGCGACAAGAACCGCCUGUUCCUCAAGCAGUUCGUGCAGCAGCAGGCCGGCGGAGUCAUCGGGAUCAAGAAAGCAGCCCUGGACAAGUAUAACAUAUCCAAGGUGCACUUCGAGCAGAUCUUCACCGGUUCACCCCCCGAGUUCCCGUCGUCCAAGAAGCUGAUGAAGACCAACGGCUCGCCGCCUGCCUCCAAGACACAGGCCAAGCCGGGGUCCGCGUCUAAGCUGAACAAGUCCGCUAAGAAACCCAGUCCAGACAAGAAAGGUAGACAGGAGUCUAUGGACAAGUUUGUUAAGAAGUCCGACAAAUCUGAAGUAAAAGCCAAACCACCAAGCGACCCAGCCGCCAAGAAGAGCGCUCAAGAGCUGGCAGAGAAGAUGCGACGCGCCGAAGACCAGAUGCGCCAGCGCAAGGAGGAGGAAAAAGCCAAGAAAAAGGAAAAGACGGCGCGGCUGCAGGCCUACCUCAAGGAGUGGCAGAAGGUCAAGGACGACCUCGAGCUCGAGGAUCAUAAGGCCUACCUCAAGGAGUGGCAGAAGGUCAAGGACGACCUCGAGCUCGAGGAUCAUAAGGCCUACCUCAAGGAGUGGCAGAAGGUCAAGGACGACCUCGAGCUCGAGGAUCAUAAGUGUAAGGCGCGGCUGCAGGCCUACCUCAAGGAGUGGCAGAAGGUCAAGGACGACCUCGAGCUCGAGGAUCAUAAGUGUAAGGCGCGGCUGCAGGCCUACCUCAAGGAGUGGCAGAAGGUCAAGGACGACCUCGAGCUCGAGGAUCAUAAGGCCUACCUCAAGGAGUGGCAGAAGGUCAAGGACGACCUCGAGCUCGAGGAUCAUAAGUGUAAGGCGCGGCUGCAGGCCUACCUCAAGGAGUGGCAGAAGGUCAAGGACGACCUCGAGCUCGAGGAUCAUAAGGCCUACCUCAAGGAGUGGCAGAAGGUCAAGGACGACCUCGAGCUCGAGGAUCAUAAGUGUAAGGCGCGGCUGCAGGCCUACCUCAAGGAGUGGCAGAAGGUCAAGGACGACCUCGAGCUCGAGGAUCAUAAGUGUAAGGCGCGGCUGCAGGCCUACCUCAAGGAGUGGCAGAAGGUCAAGGACGACCUCGAGCUCGAGGAUCAUAAGGCCUACCUCAAGGAGUGGCAGAAGGUCAAGGACGACCUCGAGCUCGAGGAUCAUAAGUGUAAGGCGCGGCUGCAGGCCUACCUCAAGGAGUGGCAGAAGGUCAAGGACGACCUCGAGCUCGAGGAUCAUAAGGCCUACCUCAAGGAGUGGCAGAAGGUCAAGGACGACCUCGAGCUCGAGGAUCAUAAGUGUAAGGCGCGGCUGCAGGCCUACCUCAAGGAGUGGCAGAAGGUCAAGGACGACCUCGAGCUCGAGGAUCAUAAGUGUAAGGCGCGGCUGCAGGCCUACCUCAAGGAGUGGCAGAAGGUCAAGGACGACCUCGAGCUCGAGGAUCAUAAGUGUAAGGCGCGGCUGCAGGCCUACCUCAAGGAGUGGCAGAAGGUCAAGGACGACCUCGAGCUCGAGGAUCAUAAGUGUAAGGCGCGGCUGCAGGCCUACCUCAAGGAGUGGCAGAAGGUCAAGGACGACCUCGAGCUCGAGGAUCAUAAGGCCUACCUCAAGGAGUGGCAGAAGGUCAAGGACGACCUCGAGCUCGAGGAUCAUAAGUGUAAGGCGCGGCUGCAGGCCUACCUCAAGGAGUGGCAGAAGGUCAAGGACGACCUCGAGCUCGAGGAUCAUAAGUGUAAGGCGCGGCUGCAGGCCUACCUCAAGGAGUGGCAGAAGGUCAAGGACGACCUCGAGCUCGAGGAUCAUAAGGCCUACCUCAAGGAGUGGCAGAAGGUCAAGGACGACCUCGAGCUCGAGGAUCAUAAGUGUAAGGCGCGGCUGCAGGCCUACCUCAAGGAGUGGCAGAAGGUCAAGGACGACCUCGAGCUCGAGGAUCAUAAGGCCUACCUCAAGGAGUGGCAGAAGGUCAAGGACGACCUCGAGCUCGAGGAUCAUAAGUGUAAGGCGCGGCUGCAGGCCUACCUCAAGGAGUGGCAGAAGGUCAAGGACGACCUCGAGCUCGAGGAUCAUAAGUGUAAGGCGCGGCUGCAGGCCUACCUCAAGGAGUGGCAGAAGGUCAAGGACGACCUCGAGCUCGAGGAUCAUAAGUGUAAGGCGCGGCUGCAGGCCUACCUCAAGGAGUGGCAGAAGGUCAAGGACGACCUCGAGCUCGAGGAUCAUAAGUGUAAGGCGCGGCUGCAGGCCUACCUCAAGGAGUGGCAGAAGGUCAAGGACGACCUCGAGCUCGAGGAUCAUAAGUGUAAGGCGCGGCUGCAGGCCUACCUCAAGGAGUGGCAGAAGGUCAAGGACGACCUCGAGCUCGAGGAUCAUAAGUGUAAGGCGCGGCUGCAGGCCUACCUCAAGGAGUGGCAGAAGGUCAAGGACGACCUCGAGCUCGAGGAUCAUAAGUGUAAGGCGCGGCUGCAGGCCUACCUCAAGGAGUGGCAGAAGGUCAAGGACGACCUCGAGCUCGAGGAUCAUAAGCCGCUCCCAAAAGGCACACCAGUGGAGAUCGAAGGCAUCCCACAAAAGCACAUAGGGGAUUUCCUCUCGGUGCUAUCAUUCGUCCACACAUACUCCGACGUGCUGAAGACCAAGGACACGUUUCACUCGUCGCUGGAGCUGGAUACCUUCAGGAAAGCGCUGACGCAGAAAGAACAUGCGGGCGUGUUCAGCGACCUGGUUCAGAUGCUUCUCACCACUAUCUUCGGCCUGCAGGAGGACGAGGCCGAGGAGUACAACGAGCAGCAACGCAUACAGGAGUCCACCGAGGUAAAAGAGAUGAACGACGAGAUCGGCACACACCAAGCUAUAGAGCUGGCCACAAAAGCUAGCAAGUGGUCGCAGACCUACCUCGCCACGCCUCUCAGCAAGCUGCCGCUAGACCCUACCACCGUCAGCGAGGUUUUGAGAUUACAUCUUCUAUCGUCUGGCGCCGCGCCCGGCAACCGCUGCGCAACAUGGCGCUACCACCAGCGCGGCGGCUACAGCAGCGUCGACGACCCCGGGCUCAGGCUGCGCGUGCAGCACCCGCGGCUCUUGCGGGCUCUCGCCGCCGCGCACGUCGCAGACCUACAGUUAGGUAUGUACACCGGCUCCCAGAGGCCCCCCAGCCGGCCCUGGCCCCCCAGUCCCCCCAGCGGGCUCCGGCCCCCCGAGGCCCCCCAGCGGGCCCAGUCCCCCCAGCGGGCUCCGGCCCCCCGAGGCCCCCCAGCGGGCCCAGUCCCCCCAGCGGGCUCCGGCCCCCCGAGGCCCCCCAGCGGGCCCAGUCCCCCCAGCGGGCUCCGGCCCCCCGAGGCCCCCCAGCGGGCCCAGUCCCCCCAGCGGGCUCCGGCCCCCCGAGGCCCCCCAGCGGGCUCCGGCCCCCCGAGGCCCCCCAGCGGGCCCAGUCCCCCCAGCGGGCUCCGGCCCCCCGAGACCCCCCAGCGGGCCUCGGCCCCCCGAGAUCCCCCAGCGGGCCCCGAGACCCCCCAGCGGGCCUCGGCCCCCCGAGACCCCUCAUCGAGCAGCGUCGACGACCCCGGGCUCAGGCUGCGCGUGCAGCACCCGCGGCUCUUGCGGGCUCUCGCCGCCGCUCACGUAGCUGACCUACAGUUAGGUAUGUACACAGGCCCCCCGAGGACCCCCAGCGGGUGUCGAGACCCACCAGCGGGCCCUGAGACCCCCCAGCGAGGCUACAGCAGCGUCGACGACCCCGGGCUCAGGCUGCGCGUGCAGCACCCGCGGCUCUUGCGGGCCCUCGCCGCCGCGCACGUCGCCGACCUGCAGUUAGGUAUGUACACCGGCCCCCCGAGGACCCCCAGAGGGCCCCGGCCCCCCGAGGCCCCCCAGCGAUGCUACAGCAGCGUCGACGACCCCGGGCUCAGGCUGCGCGUGCAGCACCCGCGGCUCUUGCGGGCUCUCGCCGCCGCGCACGUCGCUGACUUACAGCUCGUGGGCCCCGGCCCCUUGAGACCGCCCAGCGGGCCCCGGCCCCCCGAGACCCCCCAACGGGCCCCGGCCCGCCGAGACCCCCCCGUGGGCUCCGGCCCCUGGCACGAUCUAUACAGCAACGUCGACGACCCCGGGCUCAGGCUGCGCGUGCAGCACCCGCGCCUCUUGCGGGCUCUCGCCGCCGCGCACGUCGCCGACCUACAGUUAGGUAUGUACACCGGCCCCCCGAGACCCCCCAGCGGGCCCCGGCCCCCCAGUCCCCCCAGCGGGCCCCGGCCCCCCCAGUCCCCCCAGCGGGCCCCGGCCCCCCAGUCCCCCCAGUGGGCCCCGGCCCCCCCAGUCCCCCCAGCGGGCCCCGGCCCCCCCAGUCCCCCCAGCGGGCCCCGACCCCCCAGUCCCCACAGCGGGCCCCGGGACCCCAGUCCCCACAGCGGGCCCCGGGACCCCUCAGCGGGCUCCGGCCCCCCGAAACCUCCCAACGUUCCCGAGACCCCCCAGCGGGCUCCGACCCCCCGAGACACCCUAGCGGGCCCCGGCCCACCUAAGACCCUCAACGGGCCCCGGCCCCCCGAGGCCCCACAGCGAGGCUACAGCAGCGUCGACGACCCCGGGCUCAGGCUGCGCGUGCAGCACCCGCGGCUCUUGCGGGCUCUCGCCGCCGCGCACGUCGCCGAUCUACAGUUAGAGGAUAAGUUCGUUGUUCUACAAUGUUUGAUGAACCAAAUCUUGAGCUACGCCACCGUCAGAGACAUCAUUGAAGAAAAACUUGAAGAGCUCAAAAACACUAAACAUGCGCUAAGGACUCUCACGAUCAAUGAACGCAAGCGCGAAGUCCAAGUCGUGGCCGAGCGCCAAGAAAUAAGAAAAAAAGCGGCCGCCACGAAGGAAGAACAGAAACUCUCUGGUGAAAAGGCCAAAGCGGUCGACGAGAACGCCAAGCUCGCUAUCGAGAAACUGAACAACGAUAACGAAAACAAAAAGCUGGAGUAUCAGAAGAAGGUCAAAGAGCUGCAGCUGGAGAUAUUCGAGUCCGUGACUUAUAUGGGUUCGGACCGCGCGUUCCGUCGGUACUGGAUCAACCAGCGCGUGGCGGGUCUCUUCGUAGAAGCAGGAGCCGAACCGCGCGGGCCCUGCCGCGACAAGCCGGUCCCGCCGGCGCCGCCGCGGACUGACGACACUCUCAGCUACGUCACCAAGCUGUUCGAGACUGAACGAGGGUCACCAAUAGUUUUAGUUUCGCGACUGCCCGCUUCAUUGCUCCCAAAGCCGACAGCGAGCAGCGACAAAGAGAACGACUCGGGCGCCAACUCGCGUGGCAACUCGCCCAAGAAGCCGCUGACUAGUCUCAACGGGCUGCAUAAGGCGGCGGUCGAGCCCAGCACGCAGCAGCUGAGGGAACUCCUCGUGUGCAGCGGAGACAUCGCCACGUGCUCUGUUCACGGGAAGAGCGACCGACCGAGCUGGCAGGUGUACCACACUGAAGACCAGAUCGAGGCGCUCAUCCAGGCUCUCAAUAAGAGAGGACUACGUGAAGGCGAGCUACGUACCGCCUUACAGCACCAGAGAGCGCUAGUAGUAGCCCGCGCGACGCCCUGCCCACUACAUCUGCUCAGUCCCGCCGCUACGCCCCCUCCCCCAGUGCAUCAGACGCGGCACAAAAAACUGCAGUUGUCCCUAACAGUGCCUCCUGACUGCUCGUUAAGCGAGGCCUUGGAACUGUCGCUCAGGGAUCACAUCCUGGAGUUGGAGGAGAAGAUAUUCCAUGGCUGUCUUGGGACUUUGAAAGUUAAGGAUCGGGAGGCGUGGCGUGGCACCCUCAUGCUGCGAGGGUACGACAAGCAAGCCGAAUACCUAUCGUGGGGGCCUAAACAACAGUACCGAGACGACUACCACUUACCCAAUGGAGUCCUAAACAUUCCCAGUGAUAACGACAAUAUUGAAAAUCCAAUUCCUGAGAAUAAGUACCGCGACCCAGGUCACUACUUAGAAGCUCCUAAAGCCAACGGAGUGAAGCUAGAAGGCGCUAGUGUGACGCGAGCGCUUGCCUCUGCCUUGCUACAAGUCGAGCAGGCCAUACACCACAAGUACAUCAAGAGGCCGCUGGAGUCGCCCAAAGCCAACGGAAUGAAGCUAGAACGCGCUUGUGUGACGCGAGCGCUUGCCUCUGCCUUGCUACAAGUCGAGCAGGCCAUACACCACAAGUACAUCAAGAGGCCGCUGGGCCUCGACGACAAAGACCGCAAAGACCGGGAAGCCCGCAACAAGCCCUUAGACCUAGAAGCACUCGAACGCUGGGAGGUAUCUCUCAUGGAGUGCCGGAGCUUCGCCCAGAUCGUGCUGCACCUCUUCACGCUGGAUUCCAGUGUGUCCUGGGGCGCUAGUAUCCUCAACGCCAGUUGUAGACUGUGCAGAAGGAAGACGGAUCCAGACAAUAUGCUGCUCUGUGACGGAUGCAAUAAGGGACACCAUCUCUACUGCUUGAAGCCUAAACUCACGAAAGUACCUGAAGGCGAUUGGUUCUGCGAGCAGUGCAAGCCCAAAGAACGGACGCCGAGAAAGAGAAGGAAGUUAUUCUCAGACGAGGAGAUGGAACAAGUUCUAGAUAGUAGCAGCGAUAGCGAGGGCCUGAGCCUGGACGGCGGCGUGUGCCUGCAAUGCGGCAGCGGGGGCCACCUGGGGGUCACGUGCCACGCGUGCGGCGCGCGCUACCACCCCGAGUGCGCGCGCCCGCCACCCUCGCGCGCCGCCAAGCGCUGGACCUGCCGCGCCUGCCUGCCGCCGCCGCACAGUGAGUGUCCGCAGCCCCCGCGUGUCCCAGCGGCCCCGCCGGGGGGCACGUGCCACCACCCCGAGUGCGCGCGCCCGCCGCCCUCGCGCGCCGCCAAGCGCUGGACCUGCCGCGCAUGCCUGCCGCCGCCGCACAGUGAGUGUCCGCAGCCCCCGCGUGUCCCAGCGGCCCCGCCGGGGGGCACGUGCCACCACCCCGAGUGUGCGCGCCCGCCGCCCUCGCGCGCCGCCAAGCGCUGGACCUGCCGCGCCUGCCUGCCGCCGCCGCACAAGCCCGGCGGACGAGCGUGCGCGGCGACGGCCAUAGACAACAUCCACGCCUACACGCGCGCGCUGCACAAGCGGAAUUACUCUGACGAAUCAGAUGACAGUGAAGACAACACAGCGCUAGUGAAACUAAAGACGCGGAAAUCUCGCAAUAGCAAAGAGACCUCACCAGUACAUAACGGCUCCACAAAGAAAGGACGCAAAUCCAAAGACGAACACCACUCGAGUACAAGUAAAAAAACAAAGUCGACACUAACUAAUGGACAUGCGGAGCGCAGCACAGGCAAGAAGAGGAGCAGCAGGUCCGAGGUGCUGCUGCACAGCGAGGCGCUGGAGCAGCUUCUCAAGGAGGCCAUGAAGCACAAGGACGUGUGGCCGUUCUUCGAGCCCGUCUCCACGGAGGAGGUGCCCGACUACUUAGAAGUGAUCGAGCAGCCGAUGGACUUCAGCACGAUCAAGGCCAAGCUGGCGGGCGGCGAGUACGCGCGCGACGGUGACGUCAUCGCUGACGUCGCGCUCGUCUUCGCCAACUGCUACACGUACAACCAGGACACGCAUCCUGUCGCCAAAGCCGGCGCGCGCCUUGAAAAGUACAUCAACAAGCGGUGCUCCGAGCUCGAAUUACCGGCUUUACCCGAGAGCCUCCAGGAAGACGAAGACGACGUGCCACUCAAGCGGCGUGCCUCGUCGCCGCCCGCGCCCGCCGCCAAGCGUGCGAGACACAAGUGAUGCCCGCCGCGCCUCCACGACUACGUCACGCAGUGGUCGGAGUGAGGCAGGCAGAAGUGUGAGGCAGGGACAGAAGUGUGAGGCAGGGACAGAAGUGUGAGGCAGGGACAGAAGUGUUAGGCAGGGACAGAAGUGUGCGUUAUCGCCUGUAGUAUAUCUCCAUCUCUAGUACCAUAAGUGUGGCCACGCCUCGCUAACUACGUCACGCAGUGGUCGGAGUGAGGCAGGGACAGAAGUGUGCGUUAUCGCCUGUAGUAUAUCUCCAUCUCUAGUACCAUAAAUGUGGCCGCGCCUCGUCGACUACGUCACGCAGUGGUCGGAGUGAGGCAGGGACAGAAGUGUGAGGCAGGGACAGAAGUGUGCGUUAUCGCCUGUAUAUAUGUGAGUAUAUCUCCAUCAUUAGUAUCAUAAGUGUGGCUAACGCUAACUACGUCACGCAUUGAGGCAGGGACAGUGAAGUGCGAUGUGCGGUAUCGCCUGUAGUAUAUAUCUCAAUCUCCAGUACCAUACCAUACACAUACCAAGUGUGGCCGCAGAUUGGUGCGCUGCGCCUCGCUAACUACGUCACGCAGUGGUCGGAGUGAGGCAGACAGAAGUGUGCGGUAUCGCCUGUAGUAUAUCUCUCCAAUCUCCAGUACAAUAAGCCUAAGCGCAGACCACCGACUUUUAGUUGGCCGAUAGUUAAACCCGAUUUUAAUUUGUAUGAAGAAUCGGGCGAUACCAAAUCGGGGUAAUGAGCGCACUGUCAUACAUCUCCAUACUGAUUAACAGUCCGACCCAACUAUUGGCCGACGAAAAAUCGGUGGUGUAUGGUGGUAGAUUUUGCAUGCUG